AUGCGGAAUCCGACAUGCAGUAUUACACGGGAUGCGCUUGCAGCUAAGGAACUGCAGCUGAAAUCGUACCAGGAAGCGAGGAGGGAGAGGCUGCAUCUGCAGGCCGGAUUGAAAGAGGAGCUGACCGGCGAAAUCGCCUCAAAACAUCUGUCUGCAAAAGUCCGAGCGAGGAAGGCUCGUACUCAAAUCAAGGAGCUGAGGGAAGGUGGUCGCACGGUGACUGGGGUGCAGCAAAUUCUUGGUGCUGCGUCGGCCUUUUUCAAUAACAUCUUCGGCACAGACCGUCGUACGGAUUUCUCGAGCUGGGUGUUUAAUCCAAGCCGGUGCUUGGGGAAAGAAGCAGAGGACAUGUUAAGGGCGGAUUGGUCAGAGCAAGAAGUUAAAGAAGCUUUCACAUCAAUGGCGAGGAACAAAUCACCAGGGAUGGACGGUCUUCCCAAGGAGCUGUUCGAGUGUCACUGGGACCUGCUGGGGGAUGGUUUCAUGGCUAUGGUCAAAGACUUCGAACGGUCAGCUUCGCUCCCGGAGGAACUCAAGGAGGCGGUCACGAUCCUGUUGCACAAGAAGGGUGACCGGGACCAGUUAACCAACUACAGGCCCAUCACGCUCCUCAAUUUCACAUAUAAGGUGCUGGCAAAAGUAAUGGCGGACAGAAUGAAGCGGGUGCUGCAUCAGGUCAUCUCACCGGAGCAGUACGGUUUUAUCCCGGGGAAGCGACUGUCUGACGCGGUCGCGCUGGUGGCUGACGUCAUUGAUGUGGCGAGAAACGAGAAGAUGGACUGGUACAUGCUAUUGGUUGAUUUCCAGAAGGCCUUUGACUCGGUGUCAAGAGAUUUUCUCUUCCAGGUGCUUCGAAAAAUGGGGUUUCCGGAGCGAUACGUUGGCUGGAUUGAGGGCCUGCAUGAAAACACCACGACGAAGCUGCUGGUUAACGGCUGGCUCGGGGAAGGACUAAAUGUGGUCUCGGGGGUGCGGCAGGGAUGCCCUCUUGCCCCUUACCUCUUCCUGUGUGCGGUGGAGCCUUUGGCUCAGGAGGUGGAGAAGGCAAAGCUGGGGCUUGACAAGGAUGGGCAGCAGCUGAGCUACCUCGGCUACGCUGAUGAUACGACGCUCAUUCUGCAUGGGAAAGAGCAAAUUGUUAAGGCGGAAGUGAUUUUGGACAAUUUCGAAAAAGCAGCAGGUCUGGCAACAAACAAAGGGAAAUCCGUGGUGUUACCUCUGGGGAUUAAUAUCGGAGAGGCGGCGGACGGCUCGUCUGACUUCAAAUGGGCCGGUGCAAAUGAUGCUGAACGCCUGCUGGGGGUAUGGGUGUCUCCCUCGGGGGAUGGGCAAGCGACAUGGGAGAAGGCAAUCGGUCGCGUCGCUGAAAAGCUGGUGAAAUGGAAGCAGAAGUACCUGACGACGGCGGCGCGUGCAUCGGUGGUGAAUUUUUACAUUACUCCGUUGAUCGCGUUCCAAGCUCAAGUCUACCCGCCGCCUGCAGAGGUCUGGGAGGACUUGGUGCGCAUGCUGCAUGGUUUCUUAUCUGGCAACAGAGUAUCAGCGGCGAAAGGUUUCUUUCUCUGGAGCAAAGUUCUGCUAUACACGACGAGAGAGGCGGGCGGAAUUGGAGUUAGAGACCCGGAGAUUGUUAUCACCUGCGCGCGCAACGACGGUGAUGGGCGGCGGCAUCCGCGAGGCACGCUUGGCGGCAGGCGCUUCAAUGAUCAGUGGCGGAACGAGCAGUGGCGGCGAGCGCAUGUGCGCGGAAUGCUGCGCGCGCCCAUGGCGCGCGCGCGCGUGGUGUCCAUUGACGACCUCGUCGUCUCCGCCCGCCACCUGCCCCGCCCGCCGCUGGAUACUAUGAGUCUGGGGGGAAGCGCGGGGAGGGCGAAUUGGGGCUCACAUGCCGGGCGGCCUGCCGCCGCGCUGCCAGCCACCUGCCAGCGUGGCAGCGCCGGGUGCGGGGAGAGUGACGUGGAGAGGUGGGGCAUGGUGUGUGCGCGCCACGUGGCGAGUGGGCGGCAGGUGAAUGUGUUUGUGUACACCCACCCACUCAUCCACCCCACCAUGCACCCCAGCAUCAGCAUGCGACGGCAGGGCCCCAUCCCCCAGGGACUCUCAGAGGGACCCUCUCACUCACUCCCUACUACUUUAGCUUGUGUGCGCUACAAUCUCUCUGCUGUUGCGUUUGACCCGUUGCCGUGCGGUGACCUGGCCAUCUGCCGCGGGCCUGCUGGGGUGCAAGCACAAGGGAGUGCAUUGAAUGACGCAGCACAUGACAGCAGGGGCGGGGAGGGCGCGCAUUCAGGCCAAGAGGUGGUGCGACAUCCUGCCACAAGUGCACCCGUGCCUGCUCCUGUGCCUGCUCCUGUGCCUGCUCCUGUGCCUGCUCCUGUGCCUGCUCCCGUGAAUGCUCCCGUGAAUGCUCCUGUACCUGCACCCAUGCCUGCUCCCGUGCGUGCUGCAGCAGCGACAGAGGGUCGGGUGAGAGGGGGUGCAGGAGAGAUGGUGCAGUGA